AUGGUACCUUGCAGUGACGUAACACUUGUAACUGCCCCAGGGAAUGACGCAUCAUCUGUUGGUACACCUGGCAGUGUUAUAACACUUGUGACUGUGCCAUACACUGUUGUAACACUUGUAGCUGCACCAGGGAAUGAAAUAACACUUGUGCCUGUACCAAGCAGUGAUGUAACACCUGCGACUGGAACAGGCACCUGUGUUACAGCUGUGAUUGUGCUAGGCGGUGUUGGUACAUCAGUGGAUGUACCAGGCAGUGAUAUAACACUUACGACUGUACCUUGCAGAGACAUAACACUUGUAACUGCCCCAGGGAAUGACGCAACAUCUGUUGGUACACCUGGCAGUGUUAUAACACUUGUGACUGUACCAUACACUGUUGUAACACUUGUAGCUGCACCAGAGAAUGAAAUAACACCUGUGCCUGUGCCAGUCAGAGAUGUUACACUUGUGACUGUACUAGGCAGUGAUGUUAUACCGGUGAAUGUACCGGGCAGUGAUAUGACACUUACGAUGGUACCUUGCAGUGACAUAACACUUGUCACUGCAUCAGGGAAUGACACAACAUCUGUUGGUACACCUGGUAAUGUUAUAACACUUGUGACUGUACCAUACACUGUUGUAACACUUGUUGCUGCUCCAAGGAAUGUGAUUGUACCACCUGUGACUGUUCCAGGCACUGAUGUAACACUUGUGACUACACCAGGAAAUGAUGUAACACCUGGCAGUGAUAUAACACUAGUUACAGUGCCAUGUAAUGAUGUAACACUUGUAACUGCACCAGUUAAUGAUGUAACACCUGGCAGUGAUAUAACACUAGUGACGGUGCCAUGUAAUGAUGUAACGCUUGUGACUGCACCAGGAAAUGAUGUAACACCUGGCAGUGAUAUAACACUAGUGACAGUACUAUGCACUGAAAUAGCACUUGCAACUGUACCAUUUUGUAUUGUUGCACUUGUGACUGCUCCGGGGAAUGAUGUAAAAGCAGUAGCAGUACUUGGCAAUGAUAUUAUGCUUAUGAUUGUACCAGAAAGUGACAUUACACUUGUGACUGCACCUGGGAAUGAUGCAACACCUGUCGGUAUACCGGGCAGUGAUAUAACACUUGUGACUUGA